AACAGUCGACGACAGUCCGACGCUACUUCGCGACAGCUCAUGCCAACUAUGUUUUGAAAAACUGCACUGUUUUUGCAAUCUUAUAUUAAACGAAAUAGUGUGACGAGUGUCACAUGGAAACUUUGUUUUGCUCGUGACAUAGUCUGAGAUCUCGUCUUUGGAAGUUUAUAAAAUGGUUAAAUUACACGACAGCUACAAAAAGCUUUUGCAAAUAUAUACAUUCUCCUCAAAUAUUAUAGGCACACCGUAUUUGCCUGCCAGAUUUGUUCCAUUACAUCAAAACAGACAUGAAAUCCGCUUCAAGACGUCAGGCGCUGGUGACCGAGCUCUACAGGAGAGACAGAGGCAGCACAUGGCACGAGGUUUGCCAAAACAGAAGCCCAUAGCUGGAGUCAAAAAGGUCAUUGUUGUUGCAUCAGGGAAAGGAGGGGUGGGAAAGUCCACAACAGCAGUGAAUCUUGCUCUUGGACUUACGGCUAAUGAUCAGAGUAAAUCAGUGGGUCUUCUAGAUGCUGAUGUCUAUGGUCCCUCCAUUCCAAAGUUAAUGAAUCUAAAAGGAAACCCUGAAUUAACAGACAAGAACUUAAUGAAACCGCUUGUGAAUUUUGGAAUUCCUUGUAUGUCAAUGGGCUUUCUGGUUGAAGAGGUUGCACCUAUUGUGUGGAGGGGUCUGAUGGUGAUGUCAGCUAUUGAGAAACUUAUUAGACAGGUAGAUUGGGGGAAUCUGGAUUACCUUGUGAUUGAUAUGCCACCUGGAACUGGAGAUGUCCAACUGUCUAUUACUCAGAAUAUUCCUAUAGCAGGCGCUGUAAUCGUGUCUACGCCUCAAGACAUUGCCUUGCUAGAUGCACGAAGAGGUGCUGAGAUGUUCAGAAAGGUUAACGUUCCGGUGCUGGGUCUGGUUCAAAACAUGAGUGUUUUCCAUUGUCCCAAGUGCAGUCAUCAAACACACAUUUUUGGCUCAGAUGGGGCUAAAGAGCUGGCUCGGACCCUUGGUGUUGAGAUGCUCGGGGACAUUCCUCUUCAUCUCAACAUUAGGGAGACGUCAGAUAAGGGACAGCCCGUGGUUGUGUCAUCCCCAGAUAGUCCAGAAGCUGAGGCUUACAGAAGAGUUGCAGCAGCAGUAGUACGCCAACUAGCGGCACAUUCAAAAUAGAUGAUGUCCACAUUUAAAGGGAUAGUUCUCCCAAAAAUGAAAAUUCUGUCAUUAAUUACUCACCUUCAUGUCGCUCCAAAACCGUAAGAGCUUCGUUCAUCUUCAAAACACAAAUUAAGAUAUUUUUAAUGAAAUCCAAGAGCCUUCUGACCCUGCAUAGACAGCAACAUGACUACCACAAUCAAGGCCUAGAAAGGUAGUAAGGAUAUCGUUAAAAUAGUCCAUGUGACAUAAUUUUCAACCGUAUUUUUAUGAAGCUAUGAGAAUGCUUUUUGUGCACGAAGAAAAAAAACGACAUUAUUCAACAAUAUCUUCUCUUCUGUGUCAGUCUUCGAUGCGCAUUUAAAAGAGUACCAUAACGCAUCUUAACUUGUGUUCUGAAGAUGAUGAAGGUCUUACGGGCUUGGAACGACAUGAGGGUGAGUAAUUAAUGACAGAAUACAAAUUUUGGGUGAACUAUCCCUUUAAUGUAGUUUUGCUGACCUGAAGAAAAUAUCAGUAUUGUUUUCGCUGUUUCCUAAUCAACUUGUUCACCCAUUUAAACUGGUAUCAGAUACCCAUUAGGGUAAUAUAAUUUAUGUUCUUUAUUUAUGCACUGACAUACUGUUCAUGUUAUUUAGAGUUUAAAAUAACAAAUAUUA